AGGCUGGUGUGCAAUGGCGCGAUCUUGGCUCACUGCAACCUCAGCCUCCCGGGUUCAAGCGAUUCUCCUACCUCAGCCUUCCGAGUAGCUGGGAUUAAAGGCGCCCACCACCACACUCAGCUAAUUUUUGUAUUUUUAGUAGAGACAGGGUUGGCCGGGCUGGUCUCGAACUUCUGACCUCAGGCGAUCCGCCGCCUCGGCCUCCCAAAGUGCUGGGAUUACAGAUGUGAACCACCGCGCCUGACCAAAUGUUUGAUUGAAUGAAGGAACAAGUGAAAGAACAUUUAUAUGACAGAAGACCAGGCCUUUGUUACUGCUCCUAGGAUGCAUCUCCCCAUAGCUUUGACCUUUUAGGGAACUGAAGUGACAUGGAAAGGAUUAAGCCUGGUCUGUGCCACAGAACUUAAGGAAUUUUACUGAAGACACUGGUUCCUCCAUCGUCAUGGGAAAAUGCCGUGUCACCACAGUGAUGGCAGUGGAGGACAGCACGCUGCAAGUGGUGGUACGGGUGCGGCCCCCCACCCCUCGGGAGCUGGACAGUCAGCGGCGGCCAGUGGUUCAGGUGGUGGACGAGCGGGUGCUGGUGUUUAACCCUGAGGAGCCCGAUGGAGGGUUCCCUGGCCUGAAAUGGGGUGGCACCCAUGAUGGCCCCAAGAAGAAGGGCAAAGACCUGACGUUUGUCUUUGACCGGGUCUUUGGUGAGGCGUCCACACAACAGGACGUGUUCCAGCACACCACGCACAGUGUCCUAGACAGCUUCCUCCAGGGCUACAACUGCUCAGUGUUUGCCUACGGGGCCACCGGAGCUGGGAAGACACACACCAUGCUGGGAAGGGAGGGGGACCCCGGCAUCAUGUACCUAACCACCGUGGAACUGUACAGGCGCCUGGAGGCCCGCCAGCAGGAGAAGUGCUUCGAGGUGCUCAUCAGCUACCAGGAGGUGUAUAAUGAGCAGAUCCAUGACCUCCUGGAGCCCAAGGGGCCCCUUGCCAUCCGCGAGGACCCCGACAAGGGGGUGGUGGUGCAAGGACUUUCUUUCCACCAGCCAGCCUCAGCCGAGCAGCUGCUGGAGAUGCUGACCAGGGGGAAUCGUAACCGCACGCAGCACCCCACUGAUGCCAACGCGACUUCCUCCCGCUCCCAUGCCAUCUUCCAGAUCUUCGUGAAGCAGCAGGACCGGGUUCCAGGACUGACCCAGGCUGUCCAGGUGGCCAAGAUGAGCCUGAUUGACCUGGCUGGCUCAGAGCGGGCAUCCAGCACCCAUGCGAAGGGGGAGCGGCUGCGGGAGGGGGCCAACAUCAACCGCUCUCUGCUGGCGCUCAUCAACGUCCUCAAUGCCUUGGCCGAUGCAAAGGGCCGCAAGACCCAUGUGCCCUACCGGGACAGCAAACUGACCCGCCUGCUCAAAGACUCCCUCGGGGGCAACUGCCGCACAGUGAUGAUCGCUGCCAUCAGCCCCUCCAGCCUGACCUACGAGGACACGUACAACACCCUCAAAUAUGCCGACCGGGCCAAGGAGAUCAGGCUCUCGUUGAAGAGCAAUGUGACCAGCCUGGACUGUCACAUCAGCCAGUAUGCUACCAUCUGCCAACAGCUCCAGGCUGAGGUAGCCGCUCUGAGGAAGAAGCUCCAAAUAUAUGAGGGGGGAGGCCAGCCCCCACCACAAGACCUCCCAGGAUCUCCCAAGUCGGGACCACCACCACAACACCUUCCCAGCUCCCCCUUGCCACCCCACCCUCCCAGCCAGCCCUGCACCCCAGAGCUCCCUGCAGGGCCUAGAGCCCUUCAAGAGGAGAGUCUGGGGACGGAGGCCCAGGUGGAGAGGGCCAUGGAAGGGAACUCUUCAGACCAGGAGCAGUCCCCAGAGGACCAGGAUGAAGGCCCAGCUGAGGAGGUUCCAACCCAGAUGCCAGAGCAGAACCCCACACAUGCACUGCCAGAGUCCCCUGGCCUGACCCUGCAGUCCAAGCCAGUCAUGGGCCACCUCUCAGCACGGGAACUGGAUGGGGACCAUUCGAAGCAGUUGGCCCUAAAGGUGCUGUGCCUGGCCCAGCGGCAGUACUCCCUGCUCCAAGCAGCCAACCUUCUGACGCCCGACAUGAUUACAGAGUUUGAGACCCUACAGCAGCUGGUGCAAGAGGAAAAAAUUGAGCCUGGGGCAGAGGCCUCGAGGACUUCUGGCCUGGCCAGGGGGGCACCUCUGGCUCAGGAGCUGUGUUCAGAGUCAAUCCCCGUGCAGUCUCCUCUCCGCCCAGAGCCUCCAGGAUACACUGGCCCUGUGACCCGGACCAUGGCAAGGCGACUGAGUGGCCCCCUGCACACACUGGGAAUCCCGCCUGGACCUAACUGCACCCCAGCCCAGGGGUCCCGAUGGCCCAUGGAGAAGAAGAGGAGAAGACCAAGGGCCUUGGAGCCAGACAGUCCCGUGGCCCCAAAGCAGGGCACCAAGCGCCAGCGCCAGUCCUUCCUGCCCUGCCUGAGGAGAGGGUCUCUGCCUGACACCCAACCUUCACAGGGGCCCAGCACCCCCAAAGGAGAAAGGGCCUCCUCCCCCUGCCAUUCCCCUCGCUUUUGCCCAGCCACAGUCAUCAAAAGCCGGGUGCCCCUGGGCCCUUCUGCCAUGCAGAACUGCUCCACCCCGCUGGCCCUGCCCACUGGAGACCUCAAUGCCACCUUUGAUCUCUCCGAGGAGCCUCCCUCAAAGCCCAGUUUCCAUGAAUGCAUUGGCUGGGACAAAAUCCCCCAGGAGCUGAGCAGGCUAGACCAGCCCUUCAUCCCCAGGGCACCCAUGCCCCUGUUCACCAUGAAGGGCCCCAAGCCAACAUCUUCUCUCCCUGGGACCUCUGCCUGCAAGAAGCGCGUUGUGAGUUCCUCAGUCUCCCGUGGCCGCAGCCGCAUUGCCCGCCUCCCCAGCAGCACUUUGAAGAGGCCAGCUGGCCCCUUGUACUCCCAGGUGACUGGCACUAGGGAAAGGGAUAGCCUGGGCCAUGGAGGCUGAUGAAGACAAGCAGCAGGCGGGGACAGGGGGAGCUGAGACCCAGAAGAAAGGAGGGCCUAGGGUAUUGCCAAGCAUCUCAGGGACACUGCUGAUGAGACAGGUGGGAGGUGGGCUGGAGGACGGGGACAGAGCCUCACUCUCCUUCCUUGCUGCACUCCCCGCCACCCAACCAACUGGCCUGCAGAGCUGCCCUUGAGUCCCCUGUGCCCUAGCAACUGGAGGACUGGAAAGGACAUCAGGGUGGGGAGAGCGCUCUCAGUGGGGAACGGUGUCACCAAGGUGUCCUGACCACCAGAAUGUCCUGACCACCAAGGUGUCCUAACCUAUCAGCCCCUCUAUGCUGGAUACCCCUCUUGGACCUGUAGCCACCUGCACCAGGAGCUGGACCUGCCUUCCUUACCUGGGAGCAAUUAGUGCCAACACACCUUUGCUGUAUUAAUAUCCCUCCCCAGACAUCCAUCCUGCUACUCACCCUCUGUUAAUCUCCUGUUACACUCAGCUUCUUGGCAUGUACAUAUUCAUUUGUGAGUGUUAAUGUACUGCUGUUUUUUGUUUUUCGUGGUUUGUUUUUUUGUUUGUUUGUUUGUUGUUGUUGUUGUUGUUGAGAUGGAGUCUUACUCUGUCACCCAGGCUGGAGUGCAGUGGUACGAUCUUGGCUCACUGCAACCUCCGCCUCCUGGGUUCAAGUAAUUCUCCUGCCUCAGCUUUCCAAGUAGCUGGGAUUACAGGCGUCCACCACCACACCCACCUAAUUUUCAUCUUUUUAAUAGAGAGGGGGUUUUUCCAUGUUGGCCAGGCUGGUCUUGAACUCCUGGCCUCAGAUGAUCCGCCUGCCUCAGCUUCCCAAAGUGCUGAGAUUACAGGCGUGAGCCACCGCACCUGGCCCGUGUUGUUGUUUUAAAGGUGCUGCCAUGUUCCCCCUUCUUUUUUUUUUUUUGAGAUGGAGUCUCGCUCUGUCGCCCAGGCUGGAGUGCAGUGGCGCGAUCUCGGCUCACUGCAAGCUCCGCCUCCUGGGUUCACGCCAUUCUUCUGCCUCAGCCUCCCGAGUAGCUGGGACUACAGGCGCCCACCACCACGCCUGGCUAAUUUUUUUGUAUUUUUAGUAGAGACGGGGUUUCACUGUGUUAGCCAGGCUGGUCUCGAUCUCCUGACCUCGUGAUCCACCCGCCUCGGCCUCCCGAAGUGCUGGGAUUACAGGCGUGAGCCACCGCGCCCGGCCUCCCCUCUCAUUUAUGAUGCCCUCUAUGCAGGCAGAUGGCUCUUGGGCUCUUUUCCCCACCUGUCUCUAGCACAGGCCCCACGGUGAUGGCCACAGGCAGUGGAGGAGGAAUGAGGAUGGGUUGGGGAGCAGGGAGUCGCAGCUUGGCUCUUCCUGGUUUCUGAGAGGGACAUCUUCAUCCCUACUCCCCUCAGUCCCCAACCACAGUCCUGGUGAAGAUGUGGAUGAUAAUGGUGCCUUGAUUUCCAAAUGAAGACAGCUUUAUUGCUUCACUCUAUUGUACAUAGGAUACACGUUCAGUGUAAAAUAAAGUGUAAAAAAAGGGGAAUUCAGCCUUAAUGCUGCACCUGGAUAUAAAUGCUAAUGAUACUUGGGUUUAUAGCCUUCUGAUCCUUUAUUUCUGCAUAUGUAUAUAGAUAUAUACAUAUAUUUUUGGUAUAACAAUAAACCAUCUCCAUCCUU